GAAAACAUUUUGUAAGAUAAUUCUUGGGUACAAAGUUGAUGGACUUGCUGCUGAGUGCUGAUACUGAUAGCAAUUUUGAGAAAAAAUAAAAAUUUCCCAAUCUUCACUUUGACAAAAUUUUGGAAAUCUUGUUGCUCUUGUUGUUUGAUUAGAACUUAGGACUGUAAAACCCUUGGAAAACCACAUCUACCAGCAACCUCUCUGCUCUCUCACUGUCAUUUUAGUGUUUUGUUUGGUAUAGUCCGAAUUGUAAAGUGAAAAAAAAAAAAAAAUGGAGAAGAGCUUCACUCUGAUUCAGACAAUCGCCACCGCCGGCGCCUUCUCUGCCAUUUCCUUCUGGUACGGUUUCAUGUUUGGCCGAGAAUCCUCUCGCAAAGAGCUUGGCGAAUUGAUUGAAAGUCUUCGCCGUGGAAAUUCCGAUUCAGCUUCUUCGCCUCCUCAGUCUUAAUUGGUGCUUGGUGAAUGUCCCAGAAUCAAGAGGAUGGAAAGAAGGAAUUUCAAACUUAAAGCGGGAUUUAGUCAACCGUCAAUUGUUUUAGGUAUUCAGACAUUUGGUGUAAACAAUCCCUGAGCGAUCCUUAGAAGUGUAUGUUCAUGUUUGCUUAUGUUAUCCAUGAGGGUUGCAUUUUACCGUAGAUGAUAAUUCUAAAACCUUGAUGUGUUAACCUUACUUUGUGGGUGCACAUCUUCUACUGGCAAGAUUUAGUAACUAUUUUAAUGAGUGAUUUUCCUCCCCUAAGAAAUGUUAGAAACAAUGCAUGCCUAUGCUUUUUCACCAA